UUAAUGUGGAUGCUAUUAUCUAAAGUUCUGUAGCUAUGGCACAAGAAUAUAAGAAAGCAUGGGAUUAUGGCAAUCACAGAGUCCCAGAGAUACAAGUUGCAUUCAGUUUUUUUCUGAAAGAAAGCCGUCUAUCAAAGUGAAGCAGAGGAACUCUUGUGGAUUAUAAUGUUUUGAAGGUCUGGAUUUUCAGAGGUUUGAAAAUAAGGCAUUGUUUAACCUUUUAAUUGAAAAAGAUUAAGAUCUCAUGCAACUGAUGUAUUUUCUGGAAGCCAUUCUCCAAAAGGGAAGUGCACAUUUAAAACUUAGGUAUGAUGGUCCUUUCUGCAGGGAUUUAAGUCUGAUUGCUUUUACAUCAUGACCAGCUUGAAACGGUCUCAGACAGAAAGGCCGGUUGCCACUGAAAGGGCGUCUGUUGUGGGCACAGAUGGCACCCCCAAAGUCCACACGGACGACUUCUACAUGCGACGCUUCAGGUCCCAAAACGGCAGCUUAGGGUCAUCAGUCAUGGCUCCUGUAGGCCCCCCCCGAAGUGAAGGUUCUCAUCAUAUAACCUCGACCCCUGGGGUCCCAAAGAUGGGGGUUCGGGCAAGGAUUGCGGAUUGGCCCCCAAGAAAGGAAAAUGUAAAAGAAUCUAGCCGUUCAAGCCAGGAAAUAGAAACCUCAAGUUGCCUUGAGAGCAUGUCCUCCAAAAGCAGUCCUGUGAGUCAGGGAAGUUCUGUAAGCCUCAAUUCCAGUGACUCAGCCAUGUUAAAAAGCAUACAGAACACACUGAAAAACAAGACGAGGCCGUCGGAGAGCAUGGACUCCAGAUUUCUCAUGCCUGAAGCCUACCCCAGCUCCCCCAGGAAAGCUCUGCGCCGGAUACGGCAGCGCAGCAACAGCGAUAUCACCAUAAGUGAACUUGACGUGGAUAGCUUUGAUGAAUGUAUCUCGCCCACCUACAAGACGGGGCCGUCACUGCACAGGGAAUACGGUAGCACAUCUUCAAUCGAUAAGCAGGGAACGUCCGGAGACAGCUUCUUUGACUUGUUAAAGGGCUACAAAGACGACAAGUCUGAUCGAGGUCCCACUCCGACCAAGCUCAGUGACUUUCUCAUCGCCGGUGGGGGCAAGGGCUCUGGUUUCUCCUUGGAUGUCAUAGAUGGGCCCAUCACACAGAGAGAGAACCUCAGGCUGUUUAAGGAAAGGGAAAAACCACUCAAGCGGCGUUCCAAGUCUGAAACCGGAGACUCGUCCAUUUUUCGUAAAUUACGCAAUACCAAAGGUGAAGAACUUGGGAAAUCGUCGGAUCUUGAAGAUAAUCGAUCGGAAGACUCCGUCAGGCCCUGGACGUGCCCAAAGUGCUUUGCCCACUACGACGUCCAGAGUAUAUUAUUUGACUUGAACGAGGCGGUUAUGAACAGGCACAGUGUAAUUAAGAGGAGAAACACCACCACGGGGGCUUCGGCAGCUGCGGUGGCAUCCUUAGUCUCGGGGCCUUUGUCCCACUCGGCCAGUUUUAGCUCCCCGAUGGGCAGCACAGAGGACCUGAACUCCAAAGGAAGCCUCAGCAUGGACCAGGGAGACGAUAAAAGCAAUGAACUUGUAAUGAGCUGUCCGUAUUUUCGGAAUGAGAUCGGUGGAGAAGGGGAAAGGAAAAUCAGCCUGUCCAAAUCAAAUUCUGGUUCCUUUAGUGGAUGUGAAAGUGCCUCCUUUGAGUCUACCCUCAGCUCCCAUUGUACAAACGCAGGAGUGGCAGUACUUGAAGUGCCCAAGGAAAACUUGGUGUUACACCUGGAUCGAGUGAAAAGAUACAUCGUGGAACACGUGGAUCUCGGCGCAUACUAUUACAGGAAGUUUUUCUAUCAGAAGGAACACUGGAACUAUUUUGGGGCAGAUGAGAAUCUUGGUCCGGUGGCUGUGAGCAUUCGAAGGGAAAAACCAGAAGAAACGAAAGAAAAUGGAUCUCCAUACAACUACCGAAUAAUUUUUAGAACUAGUGAGCUCAUGACACUGAGAGGGUCAGUGCUGGAGGAUGCCAUACCCUCAACGGCAAAGCACUCGACGGCCCGGGGACUGCCCCUGAAGGAAGUGCUGGAGCACGUGAUUCCCGAGCUCAACGUCCAGUGCCUGCGGUUGGCCUUCAACACCCCCAAAGUCACAGAGCAACUCAUGAAACUGGAUGAACAGGGGCUGAACUAUCAGCAGAAAGUAGGCAUCAUGUACUGCAAAGCUGGACAGAGCACGGAAGAAGAGAUGUACAACAAUGAAUCAGCCGGCCCAGCCUUUGAGGAAUUCCUCCAGCUAUUGGGAGAACGCGUUCGGCUCAAAGGAUUUGAGAAGUAUCGUGCGCAGCUUGACACCAAAACUGACUCCACUGGAACCCAUUCUCUGUACACAACAUACAAAGACUAUGAGAUCAUGUUCCAUGUUUCUACCAUGCUGCCAUACACACCUAACAACAAGCAGCAGCUCCUACGGAAGCGGCACAUUGGAAACGAUAUCGUAACAAUUGUUUUCCAAGAGCCUGGAGCACAGCCAUUCAGCCCGAAAAACAUCCGAUCCCACUUUCAGCACGUUUUCGUCAUUGUCAGGGUUCACAACCCCUGCACUGACAGUGUCUGUUACAGUGUGGCCGUCACCAGGUCCAGAGAUGUGCCUUCCUUUGGACCUCCCAUCCCCAAAGGGGUCACUUUCCCUAAGUCAAAUGUGUUCAGGGACUUCCUUUUGGCCAAAGUGAUUAAUGCAGAAAAUGCUGCUCAUAAGUCAGAGAAGUUCCGGGCCAUGGCAACCCGGACACGUCAAGAAUACCUGAAAGAUCUGGCAGAAAAGAAUGUCACCAACACUCCUAUUGACCCGUCCGGCAAGUUUCCGUUCAUCUCUCUGGCCUCCAAGAAGAAAGAAAAGUCUAAGCCAUACCCAGGAGCUGAGCUCAGUAGCAUGGGAGCCAUUGUGUGGGCUGUCCGUGCCAAAGACUACAGCAAGGCUAUGGAGAUAGACUGCCUACUCGGGGUCUCCAAUGAGUUCAUCGUCCUCAUCGAACAGGAAACAAAGAGCGUGGUUUUCAACUGUUCCUGCAGAGAUGUGAUAGGGUGGACCUCAACCGACACCAGCCUCAAAGUCUUCUACGAGCGAGGUGAAUGUGUGUCAGUGGAGAGUUUCAUUAACAACGAGGACAUCAAAGAGAUUGUCAAAAGGCUUCAGUUCGUGUCAAAAGGCUGUGAAUCAGUGGAGAUGACUCUGCGAAGGAAUGGGCUGGGACAGCUUGGCUUCCACGUCAACUACGAGGGCAUCGUGGCAGAUGUGGAGCCCUAUGGCUAUGCCUGGCAGGCAGGGCUGAGGCAGGGCAGCCGGCUGGUGGAGAUCUGCAAGGUGGCGGUGGCCACUCUGAGCCACGAGCAGAUGAUCGAUCUCCUGAGAACAUCUGUCACGGUGAAAGUUGUCAUUAUCCCCCCACAUGAUGACUGCACCCCACGGAGGAGUUGCUCUGAGACCUACCGCAUGCCAGUGAUGGAGUACAAAAUGAACGAAGGGGUUUCCUACGAAUUCAAGUUUCCCUUUCGAAAUAAUAACAAGUGGCAGAGGAAUGCCAACAAGGGGCCUCAUUCACCUCAAGUCCCGUCCCAGGUGCAGAGUCCCAUGAGCUCGAGGCUGAAUGCCGGGAAAGGAGACGGGAAGAUGCCUCCUCCAGAAAGAGCCGCCAACAUUCCUCGAAGCAUCUCCAGUGACGGGCGCCCACUGGAGAGGCGGCUGUCUCCUGGUUCAGACAUCUAUGUGACGGUCUCAUCCAUGGCUUUAGCAAGAUCCCAGCCAUGUCGCAACUCCCCGAGCAAUCUGUCUUCAUCCAGCGAGACUGGCUCUGGCGGGGGCACUUACAGGCAAAAGUCCAUGCCCGAAGGGUUUGGAAUAAGCCGCAGAUCCCCAGCCUCCAUCGACAGGCACAACACCCAGUCAGACAUUGGUGGCAGCGGGAAAUCCACACCCAGCUGGCAGAGAAGUGAGGAUAGCAUUGCCGACCAGAUGGAGCCAACGUGCCACCUCCCAGCAGUAUCAAAGGUACUGCCAGCUUUCCGAGAGAGCCCCGGUGGGAGAUUAAUGCGUCAGGAUCCGGUGGUUCAUUUGUCUCCAAACAAACAAGGGCACUCUGAGAGCCACUACUCCAGCCACUCCAGCAGCAAUACCCUCUCCAGCAACGCAUCAAGUGCCCACAGCGACGAGAAGUGGUACGACGGGGACCGCACCGAAUCCGAGCUGAACAGCUACAACUACUUGCAAGGCACCUCCGCAGACAGCGGCAUCGACACCACUUCCUACGGCCCUAGCCACGGCAGCACGGCCUCCCUGGGGGCGGCCACGUCGUCACCACGCUCAGGGCCGGGCAAGGAGAAAGUGGCCCCCCUGUGGCACAGUUCCAGUGAAGUCAUUUCCAUGGCAGAUCGGACUUUAGAUUCAGAGAGCCACGGCAUGGACCGGAAAACCGAGUCCUCCCUGAGCUUGGACAUCCAUGCCAAGAGCCAGGCCGGCUCAAACCCUCUGACCAGGGAGAACAGCACGUUCAGUAUCAAUGACGCUGCUUCCCACACCAGUACUAUGAGCUCCCGACACUCUGCCAGCCCAGUUGUCUUCACCAGUGCCAGAAGUUCACCAAAAGAAGAACUGCAUCCUGCCACCUCCUCGCAGCUCGUUCCUUCCUUCUCAUCCUCCUCCUCCUCCUCCGGUCCUAGGACUUUCUACCCUCGCCAGGGCGCUACUAGCAAGUACCUAAUUGGAUGGAAGAAACCCGAAGGAACCAUAAACUCUGUGGGAUUUAUGGACACAAGAAAGCGUCAUCAAAGUGAUGGCAAUGAAAUAGCCCACACCAGGCUGCGUGCCUCAACCAGGGACCUCCGGGCAUCCCCAAAGCCAACCUCUAAGUCCACCAUUGAGGAGGAUCUCAAGAAACUCAUCAAUCUGGAAAGCCCAACUCCUGAAUCCCAGAAGAACUUUAAGUUCCACGCGCUCUCCUCUCCUCAGUCUCCCUUUCCCACCACUCCCACCUCAAGGCGGGCCUUGCACAGAACGCUGUCCGAUGAGAGUAUUUACAGCGGCCAGAGGGAGCACUUUUUCACCUCAAGGGCUUCGCUUCUGGACCAAGCCCUGCCCAACGAUGUCCUCUUCAGUAGCACGUACCCUUCUCUCCCCAAGUCUCUUCCGUUGCGGAGGCCUUCUUACACCUUGGGAAUGAAGUCGUUGCACGGAGAGUUCUCGGCCUCGGACAGCUCCCUCAAUGACAUCCAGGAGACCCAAAGGCCGCCCAUGCCCGACCCCGGCCUGAUGCCCCUGCCCGACGCCGCUGCAGAUUUGGAUUGGUCCAACCUGGUGGACGCUGCCAAGGCGUAUGAGGUCCAGAGAGCCUCGUUCUUUGCUGCUAGUGAUGAAAACCAUCGCCCCCUGAGUGCUGCAUCCAACAAUGACCAGCUUGAAGACCAGGCUCUGGCCCAGAUGAAGUCUUACAGCAGCAGUAAAAAUUCCUCUCCCACUCUGGCUUCUAAAGUGGACCAGCUGGAAGGUAUGCUGAAGAUGCUUCGAGAAGAUCUGAAGAAGGAAAAAGAAGACAAAGCUCACCUUCAGGCAGAGGUUCAGCACUUGCGAGAGGACAACCUGAGGCUGCAGGAGGAGUCCCAGAAUGCCUCCGACAAGCUGAAGAAGUUCACGGAGUGGGUCUUCAACACCAUCGACAUGAGCUAGGCCGGGAGAGGGGGCCGCGGGGGCGCGCGCCCCUUGGUGCCGCCGGUGAAGGCAUCCUCCGAGCUCCCGCCCCAGCUCCCAACUUUGCCCCCUUGAGGGGAGUGCACAACACAACAAUUGCAGAUCAACAAUCAUUAUCUGCCUUUUGUAGAAAAGAAAAAGAAAAAGGUAAAUAAAAAUUUUAAAAAGUAAAAUAAAAGUUUAACUGCUAAAAUGUGAA